AUGUCCUCUAUUCAAGUUCAAUCAGCCGAAGUAAACAAUCUCGUUCGAUCCACUCAUCUCAUCACUGGUGAAUUUGAAAUGGGUGAAUCACAGCAGCAACAAUGUUUUCAACCACCAAUUUACUAUGAUAGCAACACUAUAGAACAACGAGAAGGUCUUCUUCGUUCACUAGCACAAAACCCCAACAUGUUGAAUGAUUUUUAUCAGUUUCUUGAAUUUACUCGAGCUCGUAGUGCACAACAGUCGUUUCAGCAUACUUACAAUGAUCAAAUAAACCAAGAACAACAACAAAUUCCAUCAAUUUUAAAUAUUAAAACAAGCUUUCAACAUAAAUCAUCAACUCCAAAACGUAGUCGACCGCUCAACGAGAGCGAUGGAUCAAUCAGUUCAGCACAGAAGCAACACAAACCAAGCACAAAUGCAUACAUACAAAGGAAACAAGCAAUAAUAACUAACGAGCAACAACGAAAAUCACUUCCAUUUGAUCAACUAAAACGUGCUGUUUCUUCCAAUUUGCCAUGCUUUUUCAUCGAAUUCGAUCAAUCUACAACUAUACAUCGACUUCCUUCAGCCUUCGAAGCUAGAAGUUUGAUUGAAAAGCAUUUUAAAGAACAUAAUAUACGUAUUCAAAAUUUUUCAUUAGUUGGAUGGGCAAAUAAACGUCUUAAAUUAGGAGUGAAUAACAAGGAAGAUUACAUGACGUUAGUAACAACAGAAAAUUGGCCUACAGCAAUCAAAAGUGUUCCUAUUAAAAUUGUGAAACCAAAAUUUAUUCCGGAUUGCUUUGCUUUAGUUGUUCGGUAUGUUCCACGUGAAUUAGAUCUUGAAUUCGUUAAAGAAGAAAUUAAACGUACUAUUGCAUCAGCCGAUAAUAUAAAACAAAUAUAUUACACGUACGAACGGAAGUCAAAUGAUUUCCGUUUUACAGUAACGGAUUUAACAGAAUAUAAUACAGCACGUGAACUUGGUCGUAUUUCGAUUGGCAAUCACUGGCUAUCCAUCACACCUUUUUUAUCUGGGAAUCGUAUGACAUAUUGUACCCGAUGUUGGAAAAUUGGUCACCUGCGUGAACAAUGUAAAAAUAAUGUACAGCGUUGUCGAGUAUGUCUACAAGAAAUAAAACAGAAGGAAGAACAUGUAUGCAACCACGUUCCAAAAUGUGCUCAAUGUGAUGGUGAACAUCAUUCACUAAAUGGUCAAUGUCACGUUAUUCAACAAUAUCGUGCUGAUCUAAAAGAAGAAGUUACUAAAGCCUUGGAAUCUGGAAAACUACAUCGAAAUGAUUAUACUAAUCCACGAUCAGAUUUCAAUAUGAAGAACGAAGAUUUUCCAUCUAUACGCAAAUCUAAGAAACCACAACAGUCAGUGUGGAAUGGUGUACAAACAGAAACUGGUCACGAUAUAACACCUGAUUCAACAAAAGCACUUCUGCUUAUAAAUGAAAAUCUGGUUGAAAUGCGUGAAAGUAAUAGAAGAGUAGAAGAGAAACUUGAAAAAAUCAAUACACAAGUGAAUCAAACAGCAUUAGAUGCAGAAUUACACCAAAGCACAAUGAAUAAAUUGAUUGAAAAUGUUCAAUCGCUCAUUCAAAAUGUACUUGGUCCAGUAAUGCAGCAAGUAAAGCCUGAAUUAUUGAAGUCCAAGAUUGGUUUACAAUCAAUCUACGAUGAUCUGCGUGAUCUGAAAAGGGAUUUAAAAAAUGAUUAUGAAAUAAGACGUAAACGUCCAACAUCAUCACUUCAACCACCAACUCCAGAUAAACAGAUUGCAACAUCGGCAAACACGAUUAGAGAAGAUUCAUUAACUAUGAAAUAA